UCAUAUAAACUGGAAGAAUCAAAAAGGUAAUAUAUUCACAAUCAGCUAAUUUAGCUGGAGAAUUGCAUGAUGCAAAACUUGAUCUGGCCAACAAGUGGAUCUUAUCAUAAGGUUUAACAGGUGCUUGAGUGCACUGCCUGAUGAAUUGAUGACCGAGUUUAAAGGAAUUUGUUUUGACUCUUUCUGCCAAAUGCACCACAUAGAAUAAAACAUGAGAUCAGGAUCAUUAUAACCCCAAUCGGGGAAACUGACACCAGGAGCCUGGCUACACCUUAUUGCACAAAUACUUUGGUUUCUUUAUUCAUGCUAAGGCUGCUUGCCGUCUGACAUUGCUGAGGGCUCUGAUGAUCAUGUGACCUGUGAUAUUUUAAGUGCUCCUGAACAAGUCUAUGAAUAAGCUUUUGUUGGGUGAAAGAAUAGGACUAAGGUUCAGUGCCUAUUGACCAUGACCUUCAUGCAAACUACAAUAGACUGUCACAAGAUAUGGGGUAUUAGACCAUAUCUCAGUAUCUCUGGGCUGAGAUUUUGGUUAUAGUAAACAACCUACGUCUUAGGCUGAAAAUGUGUAAGCUGUGUAAAACAAGGUAAAUGGUUUUUUUGGUGGUUUUUUUUUAGGUUACUGGUAUUUUAUGUGCAUUCUUGUCGGAAUUCCAUUUAUUUUUUUUAAAUCCGUGAUGUUAUUUAAGAUGUAUUAACUGGAAUGGAGUAUGUUAAGCAUUGCGUCAUUGUAAGCUAUACCAGCCAACUAUUGGGAACAGAUUUGUCUCAGAGACAUUCAGAUUAUUCAAAAAUAGGUAUCUAUGAUUGAAAGGCCUCUUGAAAAGAUUUAAAUAGCUCUAAGCAUUGUAUAAUAAGACAUUCACAAAUAUGAGCCUUAAGUGCAAGAGAAAGAGAGAGAGUUGGUUGCCUUUACCUUUGAGUGUAUAUUAAAAUAAUACAGCUUUGUAUGGUGCGUUUAGUGACGUAAAGGUGGUUGACAAAAUGUGGGGAAAAUACACCUGCAGGCUAUUAACUGAACUGUAAAUUAAGAAAGAACAGAGUUUUAAUGAAGACCAGGAUGUAUGAAUUAAUUGAUAGAAUGAAUGUGGGAAGAUUAAAUCCAAGCUUGUUCACCUGUAAUAAACAGAGAUUACCUGGGAAAGGUGAACAUGUGAGGACCUAUAGGUUGUGAAGGAUAUUGUGUUUUCUCUGUUAGUUGGAAUAAUAACACUGGGAAUCUAUUUCUAUCUGUUGGAAUUGCUCAAAGAGAUUAUUCUACACAGUGAACGGGGAGAUAUUGUAUGCCAUCUAGCUGUUAGAUAACGCAUAGCUGGAGUGGCACAUUUACUGGGAAGGUGAAGGUCCGCGGAGUGAAGGUGAAGGUCACAUAGCAGUGUCUGCAAGCAGUAUCUAUACUUGCACUUCAGACUCAUUUGGUGUUUUCAUUCUGUGUGUGAGGUUUGUUAUUUGACAUCUGUCAGCGCUGUCGUCACCACCACAGACACAGGGACUACUGAACGUAUAAGAUAUAAUGUGGACCACAAGAGUUACUGAUUUCUGAUGGGUAACCAGAUGACUGCAUCAAAGGAACAAGUGAAUCCUGAUCAGAAAGAUAUGGAGCCCUUAGGGGAGCCGCCAAGCUCGGAUGUGGGGACCGACUCCACCUGUAUCAAGGAAAAACUUGACAAUUUGAUAGAAGGGUAUCUGAAAUCCACUGACGUUAAGUUCAGCGAAAAACAUUCUACCUCCAACGAGAUGGUCAAUAAACAGGGAAUCUUGUUUGAUCAAAGUGUUCUAAAGACGGUACAAAAGAAGGCCGAAAAUAAUAACUCGGAAAUUGUUACUAAUGGAACAAAGGAGAACAAUGAAACCGACUCAAAGAAAAAUGGAAGCGAUUCUAGUUUAGAGAAAUCUAUUCCCUCUAAAUCUAAGGCUGUGGAAACUGCUUCCAACAUCUCCUCCUUUGAAAGCAUGAUUGAACGAGCAUUGAAUGACUCGAUGAAAAACAUGGACGAAUCAAAUGGAAAGACUCGCAUAUUAGAAAUGUGUGGAGAAGAUAUCGACACUAAGAAGACUAGUGAUUUAAACGGCAGAAGGAGUGAAAUUAUGACGGACAGAGUUAGUGACAACAUGAGUCUUUCUAAAAAGAAUGUGAUGUUUCUGAAAGAUCACAUUGAACGUGUGUUAGAGAAAAACUUUCCCAGUAUUGGGAAUAAAAAGGAGGACUCAAAUGAUGAAUCAAAACUCUCAGGAAAACCUAAACCUAGGCCCUCUCCUUCAGUGCCUCAAGGAUUAACACUGGAAGAGCACAUGCAGAAACUCAUUGAUGAGCACCUUAGCAAGGAAAAUUUGUCGUCUGAGAGGGAUUCAUCAGCUCAACCCAAGUCAAGUACUUCAGCGCAAGGCUCGGACGAUUUGAAGAAAAAUGUCAUAACAACUAGCAGUGGAUAUGAUUCUGUUGACAGCGUGAACUAUAAAUCAGUAAUUGCUGUGAGCAAACCGCAGGAUAUUCUCCAAUCACAGAGCACAAGCAUGCCCAAGUGUCACAGCGUAGAAACGGUUGUAGAUCGAAUUAUCAAGAAAGCUGUUAAUGAUAGCUUUCCUUCACAGAAACUACAAGCUUAUCCAAAAGAUCAAAAAUGGAAAACUUUACGUGACGAGAUCUACAGCGAAUGUGAUUCUGGUGUUUCUAGAAAAUGUGUAGAUUACAACGGAUCUGUGUAUGUUAAUCCCAUGAAACCCCAGGACAAAAAACCUCAAUCUCAGUGGAAUAUGCUUAACUCUGGAUCACUCAUUAGAAGUAAUAUGAAUCACACUUCAAUUUCUGAACCUCACUAUUUCUAUCCUCCAUGUGUGAAACCGAAUUCGAAUCACCCUGCAGCUCACAAACAGGAUCCGAGAUUUGACAACAAAGAGGAAUCUCAGUCCUGUUUUCUUGGAUAUCCAAUCAAAGGCAGUGAAAAAAGUGGAAGACCAAAGUCAGGAAGUGACGUUAUACAAAGGACCCGAGUGGAUAUCGGUUCUCGUUCCUCUGUUGGACCUCGUCCAAUGCAUGACAUGCACAUGAUGCCACAUAUGAAUUCACAUUAUCCACCCUCAGACAAAUCAAAAUAUACUCAUUCAACUUCUGUCAGAUAUCCUGGUAAAUCCAUGGAGGACCUGCAGUCGGGGAUUCCAUCGGCCAUGGGACCAGGACCGUCGCCAACACAGCGAUUCUGUAACCAGAAUUCUCAGUUUCGCAUGCCACAGCUUUACCCGAACAAUCCUCCUAUACCUUCACCCAGGGAAUAUUUCAACAAUCCCACCAGCACGAAAGAUCAUCUUCUGGUGCCUGCAGCUAAUAUGUAUCCAGGUAACCGGAAUCAUAUAUCCAAGUCACCAGUGCUGUCGCAUUCAUCUCCAAAUCAUCACCCACCAACAUCCCCUAAAAUUCCUCGCCAGCCUAGUCCAUCUGUGUACCAGCCUUCAAAGCCAGAUGUGAAGCAAAGCUGGCAGAGACAGGAUCAGUCACCAGCCAGUCAGAGUCAUCCUCGGAAACGAGAGACUCCGGGAUUGGAUUUAUCUGUGAAGCAGACAUCACAUAUGGGAAAUGAGGAUUUACCACUGGAUCUCACUUGUAAGAAACUAAGAGUCUCACCCUCUCAUCCACAAGCAGGCACAGUGUAUUCGUCUGGUAUGGUUUACCCAUCUCAGAUGGAAAUGCAGCAAGAUGUUUCCAAAAGCAUACACAUUAGUCAGCUGCAAAACAGCAUGGAUAAAUUCUGUCAACAGGCAAGUACAGAUAUGUCUCUGGGCAGAGUACCUCCCUCAGUGAAAGGUCAUGAACAUUUUGUACCAUCUCUUAUGAUGAAUCAUCCACACUGGUCAAAUGCUCCACACACUGGAAGCAAACAAGGAUUCCCACCAAAUAUGCCAAACCCUAGUUCAGAGAGAUCAGAGGUUGUGAGACCUCACCCCAUUCAUCAGCAGCAUUUACCUCGAAUGCCAAUCAGGCCUCCCAUCACAUCAUCUCAUCAUCUUCCUCAGGAGUCUCCCGAGUCACCUUCGGAUUCCAACUCUGUGGGUAUCAAACGGUCAGGAAGUGUGUCUAGACAUGAACCCAUCCAGAACAUUAUCGGAAAUCAUUCACCGAACGACAUCCUAUAUCUCAUCUGUAGACUUUGUAAUCAAACUUAUGGAAGUCCAUAUGGAUUUAGGAAACACUUUAGAAACCAGCAUGGAUUUGAGCCCAGAGCAGAGCACACAGUGGUGCAGACAAUAUCUGGUACUAAGGCAAUGCAGGCACCUGCUGUAGGUCCACAUUUUGAGAUGCAGGGAAUGAAUCAAAUGGGAGUUCCUCCUCACCUUUCUCCAAACCCCAAAAGUCAGAGCCCAAGGGAGCACAUUUCUCACAAUAAUUCUCCCAACAAUUUUGAAAGACCUCCACCAGGUGCUAUAAAUCUCAGACCCAGUAGUGGAAAUUUUAGUUACUCACAUUCUAAUCAUGAAAACAGAAGGCCAGCAAGUAUACCAAGUAGUAUUGCUCCUAUUUGUGACAGUAACGUGUCUGAUCCUCAAAGACCAAGUCUCAAAGCAGAUGAAAAGCCUGAACAACAGAAAAAUCCGAAAUACCUGGAGUGCCAUGAAUGUGGCCAAACAUUUCAACUCAAUGAUUUCGGAUCUUACAAAAGACAUUGUCGUACACAUGGAAAUCCUAGAAUGGAUCCAUUUAUCAGUGGGAUUAAUGACAGUUCUGUUCCAGGAAAUUCAUCAGAUGAUCCUCACUUAGCUAAUGAUAGAUGUGUGACUAAAGGUGGAGAAAAUUUGAUAGAAGCAUAUUCUUGUAAGUACUGUCGAUUUACCAGUAAACUGAGCGGUAUCCUUGAAGAGCACAUCUUACAACAACAUCCAGAAAAGCAGAAGAAGUUCAUUUGCAUCUUGUGUAAUGGAAAAUUUCAUCUGUAUGAUCAGUUUAAACUCCAUAUGGAAAAAAUACACUGUCUCAGUGCUCCUAGUUAUACCCAGUUCAAGUGCCCUGAGACGUCCAUUGAAAAAGAGGGCAAGAUUUUCAUAAAGGAAGAAAUACCUAAUGUGGAGACAAAGAGUACCAUUCCCAGUGACCUGAACAAGAGUUACAAAGCUUUUCCAUCUUCACAGAUCACUAAAAUGUCUGCAGACGAUGCAGUGACUUCUGCUAGUCCAGACAGCAGUUGUGAUCCCAUUACCUCAUCUCAGGCGGACAGCCAGACAGCGGGAACCAUUACUACUUCCCACAAUUCCACUACAGAGGUCAAACAAGGUCAACAGUCCCAACCAGGCAUUGUUUCCAGGCAAACAAGUUGUGAUUCAGAAUCGGAUAAAUCUGUGGACUAUACUGAAAUGAAAUACCUUCACAAAAAAUUCAAAAGAAAAGCAUUUUCAUCAGAGAAAGGUGAAAGUCCAGACGUCAAGAAAUUGAAAACUUCAUCUAGUGUUGAUAGUCCCUGCUCAAACUCUUGUACUAGUCUGGAUUCUGACUCUAAUUCUGUUCAGACAACAGAGGACAAUGAAGGGCAACCAGCAGAUGAAGGGCAAAAGUUGCUGAACAAAGGAAAGCCGGAGAACAUAAGUGGUGAGGAGCUAACUCAGAGUGAGGCGAGACAUCAUCUUCCAUUUGUGUGGGAGAGAAUCACAAGAAGUCAAGUUGGGAAAACUGUCAAACCAGCAAAAUGAGUGCAUGUUAUGUACAAUCUACAAAUUUAGUCUGUUUAAAUGCCAAAUACAUUGCUGCUCACGGUGCUACAAGGGCAUGUCUAUUUUAAUAUUGUGCAAAGAGAGAUAACUCAAGUUUUGUGUUCAGAUUUGCUCAUUGCCAGAACCCAGUGAAUGCUCACACAUGUAGGCCUGUUUAUUUUUACUUACACAAUAUACACUUUUCUAAAUAUAAGUGCUGUAGUGUAUACUAUUUAGUGUACACCACUGCACAAUUUUCUACACCCAGUCUGAUACUUGUGUUGAAUAGUUGUAUAGUGAAGAAUCCAAGAUAUUGCUUUUUGUGAAUUGUUAUUUUAGAAAAAAAAUUCUUUAUGCAGUGUAAUUUUUGAUUGCCAAUCAGAGUUUUGGGAGGAAUACAACAGAGAAAUUCGAUAUGGAUGAAAGUGGAGUAUAUGUACAACAAUAUUUAGAAAUAGAAAACUUUCAAAUUUACUUUAUUUAGUCAAAAAAUAUAGUUUUGUAGAAAGUAAUUAAAAAAAAUUUAAAACCCCUGCUGGACUCCAAUCCAAACCUAUUUAGCUACCCAGCCAGGGAAUUCAAUCUAAAAGGAAUAGACAAGUAUUGCUGUUAUGUAUAUUUCAUUCAAGUUUUAAAAGGAGUCGACCAUUCUAACAAUGUAGUAUACCUCCUUAAAGGCAAUUCAAGCAAACCCCUAAUGUUUUUGGUCAAUUUUGCUCAAAAGAUUUUUUCGGGUGUAACUAAUUUUUAAUUUGAAAGGGUUCAUUAGAGUAAAUUAACAUUUACAGUGAGAAAAUGGGUUUGGUUUUUUUUAUUCAGAGAUUUGAUAUUUAUCUUUCUAACAUUAAAGGCGGUGCUUUAUGAAGAAUACCAUAAUUUUUUUUCCAUAUUUGGAGAAUUAAUGAUUGAUAAGUAAUGUGGGGUGUUAAAGUGUGCAGCUACUUUAGACUUCCUAUGUAGUGAUAACUCCAGAUACCACAUGAUUAUUCUACAUUGUGAUGGAGAUAUUCAAAAUUUACCUUCUUUGAAAUGCAUAAAUAAAUGAAAAUCAGCUGGGUACUAAAAUUUAUCUCUUGGAGAUAAAUAAAUGGAAAAAAUUGAUAGCUAAAAUUAGAGCUAUUAAUUUCUCUCUCUCUCUCUCUCUCUCUCUCUCUCUCUCUCUCCUCCCCCCCCCCCCCCCCCCCCCCAAUCUGAAUUAUAAUAGUAUGGUGCAAUAUGUUUGUACCAUCUGCCAUUUUUAUUUCAUUGAUGAAAAAAAUAUUAAAGCUAUGAAGGGAAGGGUUUUUUUGAUAAUGUGUAUCAAAGUGCUGCACACACUAGGAACAUGAAUAUAAGUUAGUGUAGAAUAACACUGCUCAUGUAAGAAGAACUCUUCUGUAGGAGAAGAGCAACAAAGGUGCUGUGUUACUAGGGACAUAGGCAGCUAUCAAAGUAAUUUUUUAGGGAAUUUUGAUAGUCAAUUUUUUAUGUUCAUGUACAAGAAAGUGUAUUGGUUGCAAGAUUGUUUGACGAUUUGGUAACUUCCUCUGGAUUGUCUGACCUUAAACUAUCUCAGAUGAGUAGGACAUAGUAAAUAGUAUUUUAAAAUACUUUCUCCCCCAUACCAACUAGAUGUUGUAUUCUCAUAAUGUGUUAUGCUUAUUAAGACCUUUAGCUUGUAACGCUGUUAUUUUUCUGUUUGAAUCGGAAGGCUCUCAAGCUUUAGUUUUUAUGAAUGUUUAGAAAUAUUUUGGGGAAAAUAAUGUAACAUUUCUGAGUAUGAAAGGAACUCUUAUUUUUUUAUAGAAAAACGUGCAUUGUUACUGAGAAUUUUUGUCCCUGUUUAAUUCUUACUGUUUUCCUGAUGAAUGGGCAGAUUCAACACUAGAUGAAUUUAUAUUUACUUUGUUACAUUGCAGUAGUAGUAAAUGGUUUCAAGUGAACUUGAUGCGGGACAAACUCAUUUUUUCAAUGCAUUCGUUGUUUUUUUUUCAGUGUACAGUACAUUUAAUAUUAUGUCUCUGAGAAUAAGGCUGUUUCCAUAGCAUAUCAUAAUACACAUGACUGAAAAGAGGUGCAUAUGUUUAAAUGAAGAUACCUAUAUAUAAAACAGAAUCUGUUUAAACUCGUAUGUACAAUUGUGCUUUUGUAACCGUCCAUUUUGUUCUUUUUUUUCCUCCGUUUGUUUGUUUUGCAGAAUUAUUGUACAUAUUCACCAUCAUCUGGAUCUUGUUAAGUGUCAAACACAGUCAUAGUUCAUUUUUAUUGUUUUUGCUUGAGGAGUGGUAUUGUGUUGUUGUAAUAAAUACCGGUAAAAUGGUAGGGAGACCAGGUCUUAUACAAUGCAUCCCACAAUGCAGUGACAUUUUGAUCCCAAGUCAUCGUAGAAGACGGGGUUGUUGUGUCAUUGCUUUGUUUUGUAUCUUUUUUUUCGUGGCUGCCAUUAAAUGGUGAUAUCCUAAGAUCCGUAUGGCAUUGUUCCGUUAUUAUUGAUUGUGAAUUGUUGUUUGUUUUUUAAUGAAGCAUUUUUAUCAGUUAGAUUUGCCAGGAUUGUUAGAUUAUAAGAUUAGAUUAGUUUAUAAGAAUACAAUAGAUUGUUUUGUGACUGCAAGGCUGAAUCAGCAACACAUUAAAGCCCUGUAUCAGUUACUGCCCUUUCUAUGUAAAACAGAUUCUCCCCUCCCCCAUUUACUGAUGUCUCUCAGCAUAAUAGAUAAUCUUUGUGGAUGAACCACCAUGAAAAAGUGUUCCAUUUCAUGUCUGCAAUAGGAAAAACUUUCUCCGUUGUUGCUUAAUUAGUUUCAUUUUAGAUAUGACUUUGUUUAAAUACUCUGGAUGUGAAGAGAUAUUACUCUUUCUAUAUCAGGGCCUGAAUUUUGAUAGAAAUGACUAUUAAUAAAACUUUGUCUAUGAUGUCAUUUUUAUAUUUAAAGAUUAUUUUGACAGAAAUGUGUACUGUAUCAAGAAUAAGACAUUGUCACAAAGUAUGUACUCGAUAUUCGAGGUUUGUAUAUAGCUCAUGCAUCUGCAUAGUGAAUUGCUUUUCUUCAAUUUCACCUUCUGUAUUUUUUGGUGGGUGGGGGGGGGGAUUAUUGUCUGAAAAUUAUGUUACCAAUAAAAUGAAUUAUUAUACAGUUGGAUUUGAAUUUAACAGUGGUGGAGAUUUUUAAUGAAAUAUUUUUUUAGUAAUCUAGUACUAGUCAUGAUCAUAUUUUCAGGAGGAAAGAUUUUAUCAAUGAAUUCCAUUGUAGAGGUUUCCCUUGCCAAAUUUAUAUUUCAGAAAUGUUACUUUAUGAAACAAUACGAAAUAAAAUGUCAAACUUGA